CUGUGCAAGAACAGUGCCAAGAAGCGUCCAUAAUGAGGACAACAGCCAGCAACCUAGUACACCACCUCCUGAUGCUGCUCACUAUCAUCUGUUUGUUCCUCCUUUCGACCCAAACCCACGCUAUCGCCGGCGUUUCCGACAAGCUCGAGAAGGGCCAGAACCUCACUGACGGCCACACGCUGGUCUCGGCCGGCGGCACCUUCACCCUGGGCUUCUUCUCCCCCGGGGCGUCCACCAAGCGGUACCUCGGCAUAUGGUUCUCCGUGUCCAACGACACCGUCUGCUGGGUCGCCAACCGCGACCAGCCCCUGCUCGACAGGUCCGGCGUGCUGGCGUUCGACGAUGCCGGCAGAAGCCUCGUCCUCCGCGACGGCUCUCGCUUGACGGCGUGGUCUUCGGACUUCACGGCCGCCUCCGCCGCCGUGGCCCGGCUCCUCGAGUCCGGCAACCUGGUCGUGCGCAAUGGAAGCAGCGGCAACGCAAACGCAAACGCCGCCUACCUGUGGCAGUCGUUCGACUACCCAUCGGACACCUUGCUGCCGGGGAUGAAACUGGGGAAGAGCCUCUGGACGGGGGGCGUGUGGGAGCUCACGUCAUGGCGCUCCCCCGACGACCCGGCUCCGGGCGACUUCCGCCGCACACUGGAGACAACCACCAGCGGCGGCCUGCCAGAGCUCGUGCUGUGGCGGCGGCGCGACAACGCCAAGGUAUACCGCACGGGGCCGUGGAACGGGCUCUUCUUCAACGGCGUCCCAGAGGCAUCGGCGUACACGGACAAGUACCCGCUGCGGGCCACGAUGACAAGCCCCUGGGAGGUCACCUAUGGGUACACGGCCACGCCCGGGGCGCCGCUGACCCGCGUCGUGGUGAACCACACGGGCAAGGCUGAGCGGCUCGUGUGGGACGCCGGGGUACGAGAGUGGGUGACGUUCUUCUCGGGUCCGAGGGACCCCUGCGACACCUACGGCAAGUGCGGGCCUUUCGGGCUCUGUGACGCGUCCGCCGCAGCCUCGCAGUCCUUCUGCAAGUGCCUCGACGGCUUCAGCCCGGUGUCAAUCCCGGAGUGGCAGAUGAAGAACACCGAUGACGGGUGCAAGCGGGACGCACCGCUGGACUGCUCCGGUAUGACGAAGACAACGGAUGGGUUCGUUGUUGUGAGAGGGGUGAAGCUCCCUGACACGCAGAAUGCGACGGUAGACAUGGGCGUCGGGCUGGGGGAGUGCAGGGCGAGGUGCUCGGCCGACUGCGAGUGCGUGGCCUUUGCCGCCACGGAUAUCCAGGGAGGCAGCGGCGAUGGCACCGGCUGCGUCAUGUGGAAUGACGCCGUCGUUGAUCUUCGGCUCGUCGCCGACGGGCAGAGUCUCCACCUCAGAUUGUCAAAAUCGGAAUUCGAUGACAAGAAAAGGUUUCCUGCUCUACUUGUUGCCACACCAAUAGCUUCUGCUGUAACCAUUCUUCUGGUCAUCUUUGUGAUUUGGUGGAGAAGGAAACGCAGAAUCAUAGAUGCUAUUCCUCAAAAUCCUGCUAUGGCCGUCCCUUCAGUCAGUCUAGAUAUCAUAAAGGAUAUCACCGGGAAUUUCUCUGAAAGUAACAUGAUUGGUCAAGGUGGAUUUAGCAUAGUUUAUAAGGGGAAGCUGCCUGAAGGAAGAGUGGUCGCUGUCAAGAGGCUCAAACAGUCGGCUCUCACCACGAAAGGCAAGAAGGAUUUCGCGAGAGAAGUGGAGGUGAUGGCCGGGCUUCGGCAUGGCAGUCUAGUUCGUCUCCUCGCUUACUGCAACCACGGCAAGGAGCGGAUCCUCGUCUACGAGUACAUGCAGAACAAGAGCCUGAACGUCCACAUAUUCGGCACAGCUAGUCUUCGAGCUUCCCUGAACUGGACGAGGAGGCUGGAGCUGAUUCGCGGGGUGGCGCAUGGCGCCGCGUACCUUCACGGAGGAUCGGGCGAGAGCGUCAUCCACCGGGACCUGAAACCGGGCAACAUUCUUCUGGACGACCAGUGGAUGCCUAAGAUCGCCGAUUUCGGCACCGCCAAGCUGUUCGCCGUCGACCAGAAAACGGGGCCCGAUCAGACAAUCGUGGUCUCACCGGGAUACGCAGCUCCGGAGUACGCGAGGCAAGGGGAGAUGACGCUCAAGUGCGACGUCUACAGCUUCGGGGUCAUCCUCCUGGAGACGCUCAGCGGGGAAAGGAACGGUGGCAUGCAGAGGCUCAUUUCGCAUGCGUGGGAACUGUGGGAGCAGAACAGGGCCAUGGAACUUCUGGACAAAGCGACGGUGCCGCUCCCGGACCCGGAGUCCGAGCCGCAGCUCCUGUCUGAGCUGAAACGGUGCGUCCAGAUCGGGCUCCUCUGCGUCCAGGAGACGCCCUGCGACAGGCCGGCCAUGUCGGCGGUCGUCGCCAUGCUCACGAGCACGGCGUCGCCGAUCGACCGGCCGAGGAGGCUGCUGGACAGCGGAUGGGCCACUUCGUCGUCCCGUACUGAGACCGAUCUCUUGAGCCCCUGCACCACGGUCGAUCUGAGGUGAAUUGCUGCCUGCGCCCAUCGAUCGACCGAAUCGAGUCAGACUCAGCACAUCGACGUAGUGUUGUCGCCUGGCGAUCAGUCUUAUAAGUUGCAGGUUAGGUAGGGAUUUUCUUGAUAUAUGGUGCUUUUCCGUAAGCGUGGCACCUCUCGAGAAUGUCUUCCUAGUAGUGCCCUACAUGGGCGCAUGGAUGUCUCUGCAUGUCCCUCUUUCCCGUGGCUCAUUUGAUCGCAAGUCUCUCCGAUUUUAAAUCUGCAUCAAGUGCAACCAAGACAUGUCUGUCUAAUAUUAGGGACACAUUAUGAUCAGGAUUGUAGAUAAGCUAGAAUUAGUUUAAACAAAGUACUCCCUCCGAUCAUGUCCAAAAAAAUAUUCACUCUAACGCAUAAGAAGUGUCGCUGAUUUAGUGCA